AGUGUGGCAGGACGCAAUCGGUGGUCCGAUCAGUUUCAGCUGGGUUGGGAUUUUGGCCAAUCAUUGUGGGAGGAGACUGCUUAAAAGCGGGUAGAGAGCACCUGUCUUCCUUUUUUGGCUUGUCAGAGGCUGGGUCGUAGCACUUCCUGGCAUUCCCCCAGUUCCGUCCUGGCGUGGUGGUAGAGGCCAUUGGGGGUGCGCUAUGCUCCACUGAUUGCUCGCUGCGGGUUGUUUCUGUGCGGCGUUUAUUCCUCUCCUCCACGCUGUGUCGUCCAGGACUGCCUGAUUGGGGGAAGUAUAAUCCAGCUGCUGCGCAGUGUCGGCCGAUCAGCGAGGGAAACCACUGCUGCUUUGCCGGGGAUUGUUGGCUUCAACCGCGGCUAACAGCUUUGCCUCAUACCGGAGAUCGUUGGCUGUAACAGCGACUAACUGCUCUGCCUCAUACCGGAGAUCGUUGGCUGUAACAGCGACUAACUGCUCUGCCUCAUACCGGAGAUUGUCGUUGGUGACAGAGAUUGCCCGCUUCCGCUUUGCGCUGGAUACGGCGUGCCGUCAGAGGGAUUAAUUGCUUGUCUCGCCUUGGGCUCGAUUGCUUCGCCCCGGGCCUGCGCCGUCCCACUGCAGCCGGCUUGGCUUCUGGCUGGCCGUUCGGCUGGUUGGAGCUUCUCCCUGCGGUGUAGCCGAUAUACAUCCAUAUGUAUAUGUUUGCAUGCACUAUUGUGUGCGUGUGUGUGUAUGGCGACGAGCAAAGCAGCAGUUGGUUUUGUGGAUCGACGACGAGCCCUUUUCUCCGGGUUUCACCUUCACGGUAGGAGAAGUUGUAGUUGAUAGAGGUGUAGUGAUGGAGACAGAGUUGCAAGAACUGAGGGAUUUAGUUGCCCAACUGAGAGCAGAUAACGAGAGGCUGAGGCAGGAGCAGGUCGCAGCCGUGCCUGGCUCUAGUAUAGCAUCGUCGGCCCCAGUUCCAUCCACUGCUUCUUCCACUCUCGGUGCUCCUUUAAUGGAGAGACUGAUUUUUGUGCCCCGGGACAGAAAAUGUCCUAUAUUUAGGGGGAAAUCAGGCAUAGGGUUAACAGAGUGGCUGGAGGAGGUCCAAGCCUGUAUGAGAGCUCGCCACUUGUCAGUUCCUGAUCAGGCCUUCUUUUUAUUCGACCAUUUGGAGGGAGAGGCACGGGAGGAAAUUAAAUAUCGCCCCAGUGAGGAGCGUACCGACCCAGUUAAGAUCAUUGCAGUGUUACAGGAGUUAUAUGGCUGUGCCGAGUCAUAUGUGGCGUUACAAGAGGCCUUUUUCUCCCGCCGGCAGCAGGAGGGAGAGACUCUGUUAGAAUUUUCACUUGCUUUAAUGGGCCUGAUGACAUCGGUGAAGCAGCAUGCACCGGGUGGCAUCCCCAAUGCAGAGGUUUUGCUACGCGAUCAGUUUGUGGAGCAUGUGCUAGAUGGGUCGCUUCGUCGAGAGUUGAAGCAGUUGGUACGUCGACAGCCCACCGCUACCUUGCUGGACGCCAGGAGUGAGGCGAUCCGGUGGGAGCGUGAGGGUUUACCUGGAGGUGUUAGAGGCCGCAGCCAUUCUGUUCCUUCUGUCUUUGGUGCUCAGUGUGUGGUCCAGGGCAGUUGUCAGGUAGGCCUUAGUUCCUCUCAAGCCUCUGAGCUGCAUGAGGUUAGGGAGAUGCUCAAGUUGCAGCAAGAGCAGUUGAAUCAACUGACUCAGUGCAUUUCCCGGUUGUCGGGCUCCCAACAGCAUAGCCGAACAGCUUCCCGUGGUCCUAUAAUUUGUAGGCGAUGUCAGCAGCCAGGUCACAUUGCCAGGGAGUGUACUGGAGCUCAGGUGUCGACAUGCAUUCCGCCGCCUUUGCCAGACACUCAGCAGCAUAGCCGAAAAGCUUUUCAUGGCCCUAUAAUCUGUAGGCGAUGUCAGCAACCAGGUCACAUCGCCAGGGAGUGUGGUGAAGUUCGGGUUUCUACUUGCACCCAGUCUUCUUUGCCAGCCCCUCCCCAAGAUAGGCCAUUCAACUCUGCCCGGGUGCCGGAAAACUAGCACCCGCCGAACUGCAGAGCCACAGUUCGGAGGGGGCAGCCACCGGCUCAGGUUUAGAGGCACGUGACGUGGAAGUGUCCAAGCUCAUGUCGUCUUGUCCUCAUUUAGGUGUGAGUAUGGGAGGGGUAGUGGUCUCUUGCUUGGUGGAUACCGGGUCAAUGGUGUCAACCAUUACUGAGUCCCUCUUUCGUCAGCAGUUUGAGCCCUGGGGUCAGGAGCGGCUUAAAUCCUGUCACUGGCUACAGCUUAGAGCAGCCAAUGGUUUGGCCAUCCCUUACAUUGGAUAUUUGGAGCUGGAUGUGGAGCUUUGUGGCAAGCACCUGCCAGCUUGUGGGAUUUUGGUGGUCAAGGACCCCCCGGGGGGUGUGUCUCCACAGGCGUCUGGGGUUCUUGGGAUGAAUGUCAUCCGCCGGUGUUAUGUGGAACUUUUUGGGCAGCAUGGCCUGGCUCUGUUUGAUCUGCCGGUGGUGGCAGAGGCCCCCAAGUUUAUCAUGCAAGCCCUUCAACGGUGUCAUGAUGCCAGUGUCAUGGCUGGUCAAGGAAUGGGGAGAGUCAAGGUCCGUGGAAAGAGGGUUUGUUGUAUCCCAGGUGGUGUGAUGAAGGUCAUCGCGGCCACAUGCUCAAGGCAGUAUUCUGGGA